AUGGAGUUUGAAAAGUACAUUUCAGAACGCAUCCGACUCUUCGACAGAAUAAAGUCAGAGCAGACAGCAGGAAAGAAAGAGCCCAUAGAAAUAACCACAGAGUUCGGGAAGCACGCAGGAACUUCCCACGAAACAACGCCUUUCUCGAUCUCCAAGCAGGAGAACAAGAAUCACGCGAAUUUCAUCGUUGCCAGAGUAAACGGCACCCUCUGGGACGCCCACAGGCCCCUGGAAGAAGACAGUACAGUUGAAUUCCUCACUUUCGACGACGAAGAAGGAAAGAGAGUCUUCUGGCACUCCUCCGCCCACAUCCUCGGAGAAGCCUGCGAGUCCGCCUUCUGCAGCCUCCUCUGCCUCGGCCCCCCAACAGACUCCGGAUUCUUCUACGAAAUGAGCAUGAGCAGAUCCGUAGUCCCAGAAGACUAUAAAGUCCUCAGGAAGGAGAUGAAGAGAAUCGUCAAGGAGAACCAGCCCUUCGAGAGACUCGUCCUGAAAAAGGCACAGCUCCUAGAAAUGUUCGCAGAUAACCCCCUGAAGGCAGAGCUCAUCUCCCAGAAGGUCCAGGAAGAGAGUACAGUAUACAGAUGCGGAUCACUCAUAGACUUCUGCCUUGGCCCGCAUAUACCCCACACGGGAUACGUCAGGGCAAUAGACGUACUCCAUAACAGCAGCGCUUUCUUCCUCGGGGACUCGAAUAGACCCGUCCUACAGAGAGUCUACGGAGUCUCCUUCCCCCAGAAGACACAGCUCCUGGAGCACCUGAAAAAUCUCGAGGAGGCAAAGAAGAAUAACCACAGGAAGAUCGGGAGUGAGCUCAGCCUCUUCUUCUUCUCCCCGUACAGCCCAGGGUCCUGCUUCUUCCUCCCGAAAGGAGCCUUCGUUUACAACGCCCUCGUAAACCUCAUGCGAGAACACUACAGGAAGAAGGGAUUUAAGGAGGUCAUUACCCCGAAUAUCUUCACAAAUGAACUCUGGGCAAAGAGCGGACACCUCGAGAAGUACAGAGAGGAUAUGUUCUGCUUACACGCAGACGGAACAGAAAUGGCCCUGAAGCCCAUGAACUGCCCUGCUCAUUGCCUGCUUUUCGAACACUUGGCUUGCUCGUACAGGGAACUCCCCCUUAGGAUAGCAGACUUCGGAGUCCUCCACAGAAAUGAAGUCUCCGGAGCACUCACAGGACUCACGAGAGUCAGAAGAUUCCAGCAGGAUGACGCCCAUAUAUUCGCACCUGCUAAGGCAGUCGCAGGAGAGAUACGAGAUGCCCUGGAGUUUCUUCGGGAGGUUUACACUCUCCUGGGAUUCACAUACGCAGUUAGCCUUAGCACACGCCCGGAGAAGUUCCUGGGAGAAGUCGCACUUUGGGACACGGCAGAGAGCCAGCUGAAGAGCGCACUCCAGGAAAGCGGUCUCCCGUGGACUCUGAACGAGGGAGAUGGAGCCUUCUACGGGCCGAAGAUAGAUAUCUCCUUGUGCGAUGCUUUGGGGAGGAAGCACCAGUGCGGAACAAUUCAGUUGGACUUUCAGCUUCCGAUCAGGUUUGAUUUGUCGUUUGCUGGGGCAGAGGGAGAGAGGGAGAGACCGGUUAUGAUCCACAGGGCAAUCCUCGGAAGUGUCGAGAGGAUGACGGGAAUCCUCCUGGAGCACGCACGCGGGAGACUGCCUCCGUGGAUAAAUCCGUCGCAGGUCGCAGUGAUCCCCGUGUCACCCGCAGAGGGAGAGUACGCCCGAGAGGUGCAGGGGAGACUCAGGGAGUUGGAGGUCGUUGUAGAUCUCUCGGAGAGUACGCUUAAUAAGAAGAUUCUUAACGCGGAGAAGAGCAAGUUCUCGUAUAUCCUUAUCGUGGGGAAGAGAGAGGCAGCAGAGAAAAGCGUAUCUUUCAGGAACUUGCGCCCGGGGGAGACGCUUUAUUUCCCGCUGGAGGAUGCCCGGGAGAUGCUCCUGCAGGCGGUGGGGGCGCGGGUUCGAACCCCGGGGGAGAUUUUGAACUUUGUCCCGAAGCCCAGGAAGAGCCCCGGAGUCCCGGCAGUCUCCCAGGCGUGGGCGUGUCUUGAGAGGAUACUCGCAGGAGCUUGCGCGCGGGUGUUGGAGGCACUGCGCGGGAAGGUGAAGCCUGAAUGA